UUAAUUUUGUGGGUUGUGGUUGGUGAGUUGAGAGGUCAUCCUAUGUCAUAUCUUUACCCUGUUGUGACUUUUCCACGGCUUGAGUAGCUGUUGGAUGAUGUGAAGGCAAAAUCUUUUACUAUUUUACUAGUCUCUAUAUCUCAAUCUGAAAAGUGCUGGUGAUGUCAAGAGGAAAAAAGAAAAUCUGAAGAUAUACCUAUUUUGAAAGUGAUAGUGAUCUGUCUCCAUCCAGAAAUUUUUGGAGAAAGGAAGAGACAGAACAAGAAAGGAAGGUUUUUUUUCUUUUUCCUACUUGAUGAGUGAUGAGUCUUGGGGGUUUCAAUGGCGGUAGUGGCGGUGUCUGCGGUGGCGAUGGUAGCGGGAAAGCAAGACUGGUGAUUGAUAGUCCCUAUAACGCCAUGUCCACCGCUGCAAUGGGCCAGCCUCCACCACCCCUGUUCACUCGCCCAGUCUUCAACUCUCCAGCUCUCUCCCUUGCCCUCAAACCCAAGAUGGAGGGACAUGGUGAGAUGGGUCUGAUGGGAAGGAACAAAGAAGAUGGGCAUGAGAGUAGGGCUGAGAGUGAUAACUUGGAAGGUGCAUCAGGGGAUGAUCAGGAUGCCUCAGGCGAUAAACGGCUGAGGAAGAAAUUCCAUCGACACACUCCCUUUCAAAUUCAAGAGCUUGAAUCUCACUUCAAAAUCAAUAAUCACCCUGAUGAGAAAGAAAGGUUGGAGCUUGGUAAGCGGCUAUCCUUGGAGAGCAAGCAAAUCAAGUUUUGGUUUCAGAAUCGACGAACCCAAUUGAAGACCCAAGCGGAACGCCAUGAAAAUAGUUAUCUUAAACAACAGAAUGAGGAUCUUCUAAUUGCGAAUGUUAGAAUGAAGGAGGCCAUGAGGAGCCCAAUUUGCAACAAUUGUGGUGGCCCAGCAAUUCUGGGUGAUGUAUCUAUUGAGGAACACCAUCUCAGGGUUGAGAAUGCUCGAUUAAAGGAUGAAUUACAUCGGAUCUCUGCCCUAUCGAACAAAUUCUUGGGCAGGCCAAUAUCGGCAUUAGGUGAUUCAAUCCCUCCUCCAAUGUCAAUCUCCAGCUUGGAACUUGCUGUAGGAAGAAAUGACUUUGGUGGUUUAAGCUCAGUAGACACCACAUUUACAAUGGGACUUGAUUCUAAAGAUGGGGUUUUGAAUGCUUUGCCAAUGAUGCCAAUGGUGACAACAACACUAACAGUUGGCACAGCACACGAUGAUAUGCCAUUUGAGAAAUCUAUUUUUCUAGAGCUUGCGGUGCGUGCAAUGGAUGAGUUGGUUAAGUUGGCUCGGAUUGAUGAUCCUCUCUGGGUCCAAAGCUUAGUUGGAGGGUGGGAAGUAUUGAACCAUGAAGAGUACAUGAGGAUAUGUCCUCCCUGUAUUGGAAUGAAACCCAGUGGUUUUGUAACCGAGGCUACGAGGGCAACUGGUAUGGUGAUCACUAAUAGCUUGGCUCUUUUGGAGACAUUGAUGGAUGCAAAUCAAUGGUCAGAAAUGUUCCCAUGUAUGAUUGGAAGAACAUCUACUAUUGAUGUGAUUUUCAGUGGCAUGGCUGGAUCCAGAAAUUGUUCUCUGCAACUGAUGCAUGCAGAGUUCCAAGCUCUUUCACCUUUGGUUCCUGUUCGUCAUAUGAAGUUUCUCCGGUUCUGCAAGCAGCAUGCGGAGAAGGUGUGGGCCGUGGUUGAUGUGUCUGUUGAUGGCAUCCGAGAAGUUUCAGAUGUGGCCACAUUUGUCAAUUGCAGGAGGCUUCCUUCUGGUUGUAUUGUGCAAGAUAUGCCAAAUGGAUAUUCCAAGGUUACCUGGGUUGAACAUACAGAAUAUGAUGAGAGUGUUGUUCACCAUCUCUACCGGGCAUUACUCAGCUCUGGCAUGGGAUUUGGUGCACAAAGAUGGCUUGCCACCCUACAAAGGCAAUACGAGUGCUUGGCGGUCCUCAUGUCCUCUACCAUCUCUACUGAAGAUCAUUCAGGAGUUACAGCGACCGGUAGGAGAAGCAUGGUUCAGUUGGCACAACGCAUGACUAGCAACUUCUGUGCCGGGGUUUGUGGGAGCAUGCACAUGUGGCAGCUGGUUCAAGUUGGCAAUGUGGGUGAGGACUUGAGGUUGCUGAUACGGAAUAGCAUGGAUAACACUGGUGAACCACCUGGGCUUGUGUUGAGUGCCACGACAUCUGUUUGGAUGCCUGUAUCACAGCAACGUCUGUUUGAUUUCUUGCAAGAUGAGCAACUGAGGAGUGAGUGGGAUGAGUUAUCUCAUGGUGGGCCAAUGCAAGAGAUGGUCCACAUUUCCAAAGGUCAGGAUCGUCGCAACUGUGUGUCUCUUCUUCGUGCUACUCAGGCUGGUAAUACAAAUCGAAACAUCACGUUGAUAUUGCAAGAGACGCAGACAGAUGCAUUGGGCUCCCUCAUAGUGUAUGCAGCAGUUGACAUACAAGCGAUGCAAGUGGUAAUGAGUGGAGGAGAUUCUACCUCGGUGGCUCUCCUGCCAUCAGGAUUUGCAAUAGUUCCAGACGGUUUUUGUGAUUCUGCUGGGCCUGAAAACUGUAACGGCACUUUGGUCAAAGGAGGAGGUGGGUCACUGCUCACUGUGGGGUUUCAGCUAUGGGUUAAUAGCCCUCCUACAGCCAAACUCACAAUGGAGUCUGUUGACACUGUAAACAGUCUCAUCUCUCGCACAAUUCAGAGGAUCAAAGCUGCUCUUCACUGCAAUUAACACACACCGCUUGACUGAACAUGGUAACGCUGUGCCUGCAUUAGUUAACCAAAAUUUUUGUUUUUGGGAAAAAUGGAGAACCGUAUAUAGGACAGAUAUAGUGAUGUUGGCAAACAGAGGGGGAGAGGGAGAGAGAGAGAGAGAGAGAGAGAGAGAGAGAGAUGAAUAUUUGUGUGUGAAAUGAAUGGGUUGAGUCAAGAACGAACCCUGGUGAACCCUUAUUGCUCUGGGUGUAAAAAAGUAGAGGAAGGUAUUUUGGUUUGCUACUGUUGACACUGAGUGGUGAUCAAUGGUGUGUAUUAUUCUCUGAACUUGAAACCAGGGGUGGUGGGUUCGGGUAUUGACUCAGUAGACCCAUGAGAUGAACUUAGCUCUUUAGAGUCUUAACUGUUUUGUUUUUGUUAUUCAUCUUAUCUUCAAGGACUGGUUAUCUUUA